CCCGCGGCGACCCGGAAGCGGCCCCGGCGUCGGGCGGGAGGGGAGAGCGCUGGGAGGCGAGGCCGACGGCGCAGCUGUUUCCCGGACGAUGGCGGGGACGGCGCUCAAGAGGCUGAUGGCCGAGUACAAACAAUUAACGCUGAAUCCUCCAGAAGGAAUCGUGGCAGGCCCCAUGAAUGAAGAGAAUUUUUUUGAAUGGGAGGCAUUGAUCAUGGGCCCGGAAGACACCUGUUUUGAGUUUGGGGUUUUUCCUGCCAUCCUGAGUUUCCCGCUUGAUUACCCGUUAAGUCCUCCAAAGAUGAGAUUUACCUGUGAGAUGUUUCAUCCCAACAUCUACCCUGACGGCAGAGUCUGCAUCUCCAUCCUGCACGCUCCCGGCGAUGACCCCAUGGGCUACGAGAGCAGCGCCGAGCGGUGGAGCCCCGUGCAGAGCGUGGAGAAGAUCCUGCUGUCGGUGGUGAGCAUGCUGGCAGAGCCCAACGAUGAAAGCGGGGCCAAUGUGGACGCCUCCAAGAUGUGGCGGGACGACCGGGAGCAGUUUUACAAGGUCGCCAAGCAGAUUGUGCAGAAGUCGCUGGGGCUCUGAGCUUCUCCCACGCACAGCCACGUGCUCACGUGUGUGCAGACACACCACCGAGCGGUUUCUGGGGUUUCUCCUCUGGAACACUUAGUGACAGUGACCCUCUGUGCUGGUACCAAAAAAGGCAAGCUUGCAGAACCACAGCAUCUAUUUCUUUUCUACCUUUCCCACCCCAGACAGGCUUCUCUUCUGAAGGGAUAGUUUCUGUGGGACGAUGACAGCCCGCUGGGUGAGUUGAGGGUGUUUCUGCCGAGGUGGCCCGGGGAGGUGAUGAGAGCCGUCACCGCUGCCUCUCCGGCUGACGCGCCUGUGGACCCAGCACUUCGUGGCCUCCUCUCCUCCCGGAGCGGGGAGGGGCGCAGGCGCCGGCCCCCCAGGACUAGAACUGGUGGCGCUCCUCCCGAAGACGUGGGGCCUCGCAGCCCAGGCGGAGGGCGGCGGCCGGACGUCUCUGGGGGCCCCUCCGGGUUCCCUCGUCCCCCAGGACGAGCACAUGGCUUUGUUCCAGUACUUUGUUUUACAAGCAGAUUUUUUUCUUGCAGUCCAGUCACAUUUUUCAUUUGUAAUAUGUUGCAAAUAAUCACAUUUAGAAAUACUUUCAGGAAAUAAAUACUUUUUUAAAAUGUGGAUUCAUGAAGAAUGGGGUACACAGGAAAGGAGUUCCUGCUGGCCGUGAAGACGGGCAUUCUCCCUGCGGGUGCCGACCACGGUGUGCAGCCAUGUCUCAGUCACCGGUGCGUCCCCCCCAGCAGGAGCACGUGAGGCCGACGUUUUAGUCAGCGUCUUCCGGGUGCGCAGGAGUUUUCUUCUCCAGGCUGAACCCGGGAAGCUCUAGGCUUCUGUGCGCGCUGGCUGCCGCAGGGACUUUGACUGUCGGGACAACGCCCGUUCCUUGCACUUGGGAAGGGAAGGGGCUCUCCCGCCAGCGCAGCGCGCAGAGGUGUUCCUGGUCCCGGGCCUGACCGGCGCCCGAGGAGGCGUGGCUCGCGGGGUCCCUGGGGCCCCGGGGUGGGGGCGGGCCUCAGCGGUGGCUCACGGGUUUGAGGCCAUCUGGAUGCCUCUGGCGCGGGCAGCUCCGUCGCGGGGCUUGGGCUCCGUUUCAAGCAAUAACAGAUCUGGUGUGUGCAGAGUCACAUAUCCAGCCUGUGGCAAACAGGUUAAAUUUAAAUAGGAGUUUCUGUUUUUGAAAUACGGGGUGGUCUAUGACAUACGUUUUACUUCACGUCCUCCUUCACCUCUCAUAGUGUGCCCGUGGACGGGAGGCUUUCACGGACGCCUCCCUCAUUUCUUGGUACUGGCUGUGGAAACCAGGUUCUCUCCUUCUCACGGGGGGUCAGUUAAAAGUUGAAAUUCAGGACGAGGACCUGUAUUUGGAAGGGGGUGGGGGAAGGAGAGGCGUUGUACCUACAUAGUAUUUGCGGGGGGGGGGGGGGGGGGAGGCAGCCCUCCCCCCGGAGAGGAAGCGUGGCUGUGGGUGGAGGUGGCGGGCGGGCACCGCGGGGUGCAGGCCUGUGGCCACCUCAGCAGUGGCCACGGGGCCUUCCGGCAAACACGCAGAAGCAAGAGAGGCAGUCUCUGCAAAACACAGUAUUUUUAUUCGUUUGUAUUUAUUAAAUGAAACGAGAAAGCAUCCCAUGGUGUCCUUAUUCUGUGACAGAGUUUAAUUCCUACGGUGAAAAUAAAGUUAUAUUUUCCU